GAGGCGAGGCGGAACAGGACGAGCCGGGUCGCAUGACGGUGUGGCAACCGCAGGCCAGACGAGGCAGGGCCAGACGAGGCAGGGCCAGACGAGGCAGGGCCAGACGAGGCAGGCCAGACGAGGCAGGGCCAGACGAGGCAGACGAAGGCGGAGCAGAGGCGGAACCUGAUGGCAGCGGGACUGUUGCAGGCGGUGAUGUAGAUGCUGCGGAUGCUGCAGGCGGUGAUGUAGAUGCUGCGGAUGCUGCAGGCGGUGAUGUAGAUGCUGCAGUUGAAGCGGAGGCUGAUGAGAAGACUGCUGCAAGCGAGGCCGAAGCGGAGGCCGGGUCAAAUGAAGCUGAUGACGCCGAAGCCGAUGAUGAGGCCGGACCAGGCGAAGCUGAUGAAGCUGAUGCAGAGGCUGCUGCAGGCGACGCUGAGGACGCUGAAGCUGGACCAGGCGACGGCGUGGGUGAAGCUGAGGCUGCAGCCGGCGUGGGUGAAGCUGAGGCUGCAGCCGGCGUGGGUGAAGCUGAGGCUGCAGCCGGCGAGGGUGAUGCUGAGGCUGCAGCCGGCGAGGGUGAUGCUGAGGCUGCAGCCGGCGAGGGUGAUGCUGAGGCUGCAGCCGGCGAGGGUGAUGCUGAGGCUGCAGCCGGCGAGGGUGAUGCUGAGGCUGCAGCCGGCGAGGGUGAUGCUGAGGCUGCAGCCGGCGAGGAUGAUGCUGAGGCUGCAGCCGGCGAGGAUGAUGCUGAGGCUGCAGCCGGCGAGGAUGAUGCUGAGGCUGCAGCCGGCGAGGAUGAUGCUGAGGCUGCAGCCGGCGAGGAUGAUGCUGAGGCUGCAGCCGGCGAGGAUGAUGCUGAGGCUGCAGCCGGCGAGGAUGAUGCUGAGGCUGCAGCCGGCGAGGAUGAUGCUGAGGCUGCAGCCGGCGAGGAUGAUGGAGCUGCAGCUGCCGCUGGACGGGCUCCUCGGCCCUCCAGCUGACGAGGCAGAAAGCUGGCUAGGUUCUCCUGAACCUCCAGCUGACGAGUCUUGGGGCUGGAUGGACUCCUCGGGCCCCCAGCGGCUGACGAGGCAGGAGGCUGGACGGGCUCCUCGGGCCCCCAGCGGCUGACGAGGCAGGAGGCUGGACGGGCUCCUCGGGCCCCCAGCAAAAACAGUCCAAAACCAGUGGGCACCGGAGCCCCUGGCACACACAGGACAGAACCAGCAGGUGCGGAGACCUCUGGCAGGGACAGGACAGAACCAGCAGGCACACGGGCCUCUGGCAGGGACAGGACCAGCAGGCACACGGGCCUCUGGCAGGGACAGGACAGGACCAGCAGGCACACGGGCCUCUGGCAAACACAGAACAGACUGCAGCUGUGCGGAGCACCGACCCUGCUCAGGCAGCGACAGCCGGGUGUAGUCCUCAGCUGGGUUUUCAGCCUCCAGGGGUCCAGAGUCAGCUGAGGGCUGUAAUUUAACCUCUGGUGAAGCCCUAGAGCAAGUAACAGUCUCUAAACUAGCCAGCUGUUGAGGAACGAUUACACUUUUAACGUGUUUGUCUCUCUGCAAAAAAUACAUACUAGAAAAAGAGUCCAAAACGGGAGGCACAGACACAGCCUCCUGUACAGAGGGAGUCGGUGAAGACAGAGAUUGCAUAGAUGACAGGGCUAGCGGGGAUACCGGAGGCUGAGCGGAAUGCUGCUGGGCAGCUAAACGAGCUUGUGGCUGGGCAGCUAAACGAGCUAAAGACUGCUGAGCAGCUAAACGAGCUAAAGACUGCUGAGCAGCUAAACGAGCUAAAGACUGCUGAGCAGCUAAACGAGCUAAAGACUGCUGAGCAGCUAAACGAGCUAAAGACUGCUGAGCAGCUAAACGAGCUAAAGACUGCUGAGCAGGAGAAUGAACAGGCAACAAACAGUUCUCCUUGUUAUCUGCUGCACAAAACAAAGCCCCUGAAUAAACUGUCCCACAGUCCAAAACAGAAAAAGGGUCCUUCUCACUCACCACAGCCAACGGUUCUGAAGUCCCAAUAUCCGGCUGUGGGGUGACGCGCCUGUGGCGCGAUCAUCGGGCAAAACCACAUCCGGCGGGCCGGGCUAAACCUCCAGCAGGGGAAGCUGACGCGACUGUUCCGGGAUGGCCGUAGUCCACUGCUGCUGGAUAAAGUCUGUGGACUCGCGAGCAUGCACCACCUCCCGGGCUUUAUGCAGGUUGCAAAUUAAGUCCGAAACUCCCUUGAGCUGGCAGAGGUAGGGAUUUCCUUCCAGGAUCUCCUCGAUGGCUUUUAACCCCACCACUUUCACCCUUGCGUUGGUGGUGUGGGUUACCCAGUCCAUCAGGCGUUGGAUGCGUGCGAGGUCACUCUCCCCACACAAAGCUGCUGGAUCCAUCUUGUGGUCGUGUCGUACUGUCACGGCUGGGGCAGCAGUCGUGUGGUUGAAUGAAUGAGGAUCCAAGAUGCAGGCACUGGCUGGGGUGCGAGUGGGUGUUUAUUUACAGAAGUGACACAGUGACAAAAACAGGAAGGGCAGAGCGGGGAGUUAACAAACCUAAACUGGAAAAUACUAAUACAAAAAGAGGACGAGGAGCGGAGAAACACGGAAUAACCUUAAAUACACGGCAGAUACACAGAGAAACACAGACGACGCGACAGAGAGCACAGGAAAACACAGGGCUUAAAUACACAGGGGAGUAAUCAGGGAAUAGGCAACAGGAGGGAGACACAGCUGGGAGAAAUUAGGCUAACGAGACAGGGGGAACAAAGCUGCACACACUAACAUAAGACAAGACUUUCACAAUAAAACAGGAAACAUGAAUCACAACUCAGAGACAUGGACUCAACACAGAGAGACAGAAAAUGACACAUGGAACUGAACUAUACAUGAAACCACAAUUCCUAACAUGGAUAACAGAAACAUGAAACUCUAAUAAUAAUCAUCACAACCACAACAAGAGAACAAGAAAACAAUCCAUGAUGCAAAAUUAAACCAAAACAUAAUAAACUCAAAAUACUGGGUCCAACGGACCCAGAACCGUGACACUGACAAUCGCCUAAAAGUCUCUUUGUGCUGGUUUUCAUCUUUUCUUUGUGCUGUAAGCUUUGUUUUCAUACCUAAAUACUAAGAGAAAGAUCAUAUGUUUGCCGUCAUUAGCACAGGGAUUUGUGUUGGUGUGUAGGACUGCAACCUCUAGAUUUAUAUUGUUAAAUGCUAAUUAUGAGACAGUGUGGUUGAGGUUAUUUUACAGAGUAACAUGAAAGUAAUGUAAUGAGUAGAAUAACUAAUUACUUUCUCCUGGGAGUUAUUAAGCAAUGUACUUUAUUACUUUGGCGGAGGUGUGGCCUAUGGCUUCGCUGCAGGGGAAGCCAUAGGCCAUAGACUUCAGAACAGAAUAUCAACUCUGUUAAUUAUAAUAAAAAGCUUUGUACUAGCACGCUGUGUCAUGAUAGGCUGUGUGGCAGGCAGGCAGGAAAAAAGGACCCAAAAUGCAGGACUCUCAAAGACAGGUCUGGAGCUCAAAAUGCAGCUUUAUUGCUAGAAAAAUCUCCUCAUAAACAAAACUC